UAAAUCUGGGACUCUCCACCAUUUGACCCUAGAACUGAAGAAGCUUCUCGGAUGAGAGGUGAAAGCAACAUAAAGAAGUCCAGGCGCUUUUCUUUCCAAGCUUCUUAGACCAUAAGCUGUGUCUACAAGACAGUAAAGGAGCACAACCAGAAAUGUACUUUCCUGCAGUGCACCAGUGCCUACCUCUGGAUCAUAAAGAUGUCAACCUCAGUGUGAUCAGGUACACACCCCACAUCCCUGUUCAUCUAGAGUAUAUUGGAUCACAUAAUACAAUAUCAGGACAACCCAUGGUGAUAUCCACUGGGAUGCAGUCCAUGGAAACCAUACACUGUGUCUACAAGAUAGUAAAGGAGCACAAGCAAAACUUCACCCUCCUGCAGUGCACCAGCACCAACCCUUUGGAUCCUAAAGAGGCCAACCUCAGUGUGAUCAAGCUGGGCAAGUCAGUGAUAGCUAAGGUGGCCAUUUCCAAAGGUACGGUGCUCUGCCUUCACAUGUUUGCAGUGAAGGUUGGUGAGCCAAAGGGCAUCCCUCCAGAGAACAUGCAGAACCUGGUGGGCAAGAAGAUCAAAGUGGACAUGGAUAAAGAUGACAGCAUUUUGGCAGACGUGAUAGAAUAAAAACAUUUCCAAAACUGUUGAAAAGAGGCAGGCAGAUAGAGAGGGUUAGAAAACGUAGAAAGAAAUUGGACAGGUGAUGUGAACAGACAGAAACAGCAAAUAAUGGGCUUAAAUGAAGAUGAAGUUUGUAUCUGAUAAAAUUAACGGAAAGAGAGGAAGUGUCUUCCCGGUAUAAUUUGCACAAAUUAAGCGAAAUAAAUAUAAAUAUAAACAUGUCUGUAUCACUGUAUCAUUUAUGUCGGCUAUCACUUCCGACAUAAAUGAAGACAGGAAAGUAAACAGCGGUGACUUUUGAAGGGUUACUGAAGUUGGACUAGCUGGUAUAUAAUGAUGUGCUAUGUGAUUGCUAGCGACACAGCUAUGUUAGGAUAAUAGUGAAGCUGGAGGAUGAAUGCUAACCUUUUUCCACUAGAUAAAAGCUAAUGUGAGGGCUCCCGAAGGUUAGGCACAAAUCCAAUCGUGUGGCAGGAUGCUGUAAACGGACCGAACUUUAGUCACGAGAACAACUGAGAUAACCCAUCCACAAUACGAGGUUAGUCAUUAAUAUACUGCUGCAUG